AUGUCCCCUAAAACUCGAAGUUUGACCCAAAAAUAUCACAUCAAACAUCACGUCAAUCUGUUGCUCGGUUGCAGCGUGAGAAAAAGACGAACCAAGGUACUAUGGACAGCGACCGGCGGCGCCGGGUACAACUGCCCGUACGGCCAAAAUUGCGCGUUCGAGCCCGCGCCUCCAGGCCGCGCGCCCGCAUGCGCCCAGCCCGGCCUCACCUACUGCUUGCAUCCCGAACCUUACCCUGAAAAAGUUAUACGAAAAUUAGUUGAAGCUGGGCAGUAUGAUAUUAGGACACUUUUAUCUGACGAGAGCCGCGACGACUUCGAUUCGAAUAAAAAAGGAAGCUACCCGUACGGUUACGGGCCAAAUUCUUUGCCUCAUGUCGAUCAAAUCUCAUUGGUAGAUGAUAGUUUAUAUCACAAGGAUUAUAAUACAAAGUUCAAUAAUAAAUACAAUCACGAUGUAUAUUCUGAGAAGACACCUCUCCAGCCACCGUAUAUAGCUGGACCCACGCCAUACAACAUAAAAGCUUAUCAAGCGUCAAACUAUUCAAAAUUCGGCUUUCAAGGGUACCAUAGUUCCCCAUACUGGAACCCAUCGGUUGAUCAAUUUGAUUAUGACAAUAGAAGAUUAAGGCAAAACAGUGAUAACAAUUUAAAUGUUUAUAAUCCAAACUACUUCUCGCCGUUGUAUCCAAACUAUGAGGCGGAAUGGUUAAGAGCGUCCAGUGGAGUGACCCAGUAUAACCCGAGUGAAUGGUGGAAGUACAUGUCGCCUUCGCGGUCGGACGCGGACGUGACGAUUCAACGGUCUCUAACGUUUCCAACGCGCACUACCACGUUACAUUCGAGGCGACGUCGCAACGCCGAACUCGUGAAGGCCGCUGCGACCAGAACCUUGACUGGGACUGAGGCUUUGAGGAUAGCUCUGGGAUUAGCUAACGAAGACGCGUCAGCGGAACGUCCUCGGCGACAAGCGGGCAACACUGAGGAGCUGUGCAGGGUCCGCACGCAGUUCAUCACGCCGCGCGCCGCCCUUAAUAAUAAAGGCAACUGGCGCUACGUCGUCAACAUGCCUGAUAACAUGACACAGCUGGUCAGGGCUGAGAUUUGCUCAGGCGCCACCGGCCCUAUUAUUAUUAUUUGUAAACAACGUGCGGGCGCGGAUGGUGAGGCGCGCGGGGCGCGGACGGGCGGGUGCGGGGUGGCCGCGGGGGUGCGCGGGGCGGCGGGAGGCGGCGCGGGGCGUCACGUGACCCACCGCCAUUGGCCGCCGGCCGGCAGCUGCGUGCCCGCGCCAGUCCGCCGCCGACCGCUGACGAGACUGCACGCGCUUUUUACUCCCGCGUCGCAACACGCGCACCGACGCGAUCGCGAUCUGCAGCCCUUUUUGUUUAUUUUUCGCGCGCGUCCUUCGGGCCGUUUUGUGUUUCGGAGCAGCGAGACGAAGAAAAAAAGGAGCGGAUGGAUCAAGCGACCGGAGAAGACUGGUGCAGGCCGCACGGAUAACACCGGCCAGCCUCCACCCCAAGACAGACACAAACUGAAGAACAAAAUUAACCAAAAGCCACAAAAGCCUCAAACCAAAGCCUCCAGUCAUAUCUUUCAUUUCAAAAAUUUAAUA